UAACGCUCCACCAAGUAAGUAGGCAGACGACAGUUUGUAUUAAUUCAAAUACGCGCAUGCGCAAAAUACAUUUCCGUCAUUAAAGUAACACUUAAAGCUGUUUUUGUUUUGCUUACGGAUAUUGAGUUAAAUCAUCACCAUUAAUUAAAGAAGAAACUUGCCAAACGGUUGUUAAGGAAGGUGAUAUCACAGGACAAGCGUUGCUAAGGAGAAAGAUUUUAUACUAUCACGUAUGUUACAAUAAUGGCAGAAACUACUAAAUCAACAGAAGAUCCUAAUUUUAAGGGAGGAGUCAUGAGCCCGAAUUCCCAACAGUCAUUUGCAGCGCUCCGCUACGCCCCUCCACCUACCCCUCCCAAACAAAAGAUAAUUUUGGACGAGGAAAAGUUUGAGUACUCGUUUUUAAGAUGUAUGGUGUGCAAGGAAAAAUAUGAUAUGAUGGAAAGGACUCCCCGACUACUACCCUGUCACCAUGCCUUCUGUAUGUCUUGUCUUUUGGCCUUGUACCAGCGUGAAGAAGAUUACCGCCAGAGCCUGUCUCCAUUGUCCACCUCGUCUUCAUCAAACUUUGCUUUUGCUAUUCCUGUCGGAUGUCCAAAUUGUGGUUCUAAUUUCAUAACAACAUUGGAUGGUUUGAAACAAUUAAUGACCGACCACAGAAUUGUCCAGCUCAUGGAUUUCGUUGGUCACACCGACAAACAGACUGUUUCGUUCUGUCCUAACCACGAUUUACAGCCGAUUAAUUUCUUUUGUGAGAAAUGUGUUCAUCCAAUAUGCAGAGAUUGUACCGUGCUAGAUCAUAAAGAGUGUUCAGAGGAACAGUUAGUCAUAGAUCUUGCAAACGCUAAAGAUAAAUACUUGCCUGUCUUAGAUGAAGGUAUAAAGAGUAUGGACGAAGAAGCAAAGGCGUUGUUUGAAAAGAAAGAAGACUGUCAGAAAGCUUUAGAAAAAUGUCAGAAAGGAGAUGACAGUUUAACUAAAUCUAUAAAGGAGGCUUUUGAGAAAAUCAGGAAAGCGGUUAAUGAUCGAGAACAAGAAAUCCUACAGAUGGCAAACGGUAAUGGUGGAAACAGUAAAGAAUCGGUAGAGGAAAAGUUAAAGAAACUGUCUGAAAAGGAACAUGAAGUUGAAGAAAUAUUAGAAGCAAUAAAUAAAGCAAAAAACUCUGAAGUUGUUCAAGAAAUGUUCCUUGUUUACAAAAAGGUUAAAGAGUACACAACAGAGCAAGGACUAGAGAAAGAAGAUCUUCAGAAAAGUGAUCAGCCUCCGGCAACAUUUGCCACAAGGGACGAAAGCACUCUGCUGGCGAGAAUAGCUAAAUAUGGUGAAGUUCAAAGCGCGCAGACACAAUCAAACGGAUAUGGAUCUUCAAGUCAUGGGUAUUCCGGAGGCAGUUCUUAUCUAGGCAGUUCAAGAUUCACGAGUUAUACUCCAGCAUAUACAUCACGGUAUACACCAAGGACGUACAAAUACUAACCCAUCUUGCUCAUCAUUGAAAUAAGUUUAAACCACGUAUAACAAAAUUAAGUGGAAAAAAGUGUGAUUAUAGCAAUUAAUUCACCAAGUACCUUCUGUUCAUAUUUUAUUGUUAAAGAUCAUGUGCUCAACUUUUUCAUUGAAUGCAAUACUUCUUUAAAAUUCACAAAACCCUUUGAAGAACAAGGGAGAAGAGCGAAGCUGUUCAUAUUUUUUGAAGCUCCACGCAGUGGUCUCCUCUUCAUUUUCCGGCGCAUUUAUGUACUAUUAAGGGAGGUAACCGCUACGAGGAGUUUGUACUUUUUAUGUCAAACCUUAUUCGAGUGAUCUCGCUUUAUAUGUUCAUAAUAUACUAGCUAUGCAUAAUUCUUUGUAAUACAAUGUACUUCGUCCUUGAUAUCUCUCAAAUAUAUUUUCAAACUGUGCAGCAUUUAUAAAACGCUCAUUAUAUACUAUAUAUGCAUACCAGAUGUAAAUGCAUUUUAUGAUUAAAAUGUUGUAUUGAG